GCGUCUUUCCAUCAAUUCCACCAUUUCUGCCAUGCCAAUUGCCAUAAUCCAUUCUUCCGGUUUUCGUCGCUCUUUCAGACGAACAAGAUGGCAGAUCAGAGCGAACGCGCGUUCCAGAAACAGCCCACGAUCUUUCUUAACCGUAAGAAAGGUCUGGGUCCGAAGCGCAGGAAGCCUAUGAGAUACAGCCGCAAUGUCGGACUCGGUUUCAAAACUCCUCGCGAAGCUCUUGAGGGCACCUAUAUUGAUAAGAAAUGUCCGUUUACGGGCAAUGUAUCAAUUAGAGGCCGGAUUCUUACCGGUGUUGUACAAAAGAUGAAAAUGCAACGCACUAUUGUUAUUCGCAGAGACUACUUACAUUACAUUAGGAAGUACAAUCGGUUCGAGAAGCGACAUCGCAAUAUGAGUGUCCAUCUCAGUCCGUGUUUUAGAGAUGUAGAAAUUGGUGAUGUAGUCACUAUUGGAGAAUGCAGACCUUUAAGCAAGACAGUAAGAUUUAAUGUAUUGAAGGUAUCGAAAGGAACAGGAUCAAAGAAAAGCUUCAAGAAGUUCUAAACAUCUAUCUUACAGCAAUUUUGUUUAAUUACAUUUUUGGCAGAUUUCAAGGAUGAGGUAAAAAAAUUGCAAAAUGUGAUUACACAAUUCUGCAUAAUUCUCAUAUUCAAAAUCUCAAAAUAACAAAAAUAAAAUUUCUAUAAAAAUA